GGCGACACAGUACGUGUAAUCUGGUCCUACGACGAGCAGGAUCCAACGACACAAGACAGGAUCGGAAUGCACAGUCACCGCGGCACCAAAAGCCUCUACUUGCGGGAACCCAAACUCGCUCCUUUGAGAUCGUCGCGGGAUAUUCGCCACUGGGACAUUUUAUCUCCGAAUGUGAAUUUACCAGAUGACCUGAGAACGCUCUAUUGGUGCAAACUUUACAAGAUACCCAACUUGACCGAAAAGACUCAUGUUGUUGGGUACGUUCCCAUAAUAGAGGAGACCAACCUGCAACACGUCCACCACAUGCUGCUUUACGAAUGUCACCUUCCCAACUCGAACAAACAUUUGGAGAAAUUUGUGGCUGCCAAGGGGGCUCAGUGCUAUGACCGCAACAUGCCUUUUUCUUGGUCGGCUUGUAAUACGCCUAUCGUUGCUUGGGCUGUAGGUUCAGAGGGUGAGAUGUUUCCAGACCAUGUGGGAGUUCCAUUGGGAGAGGAACAUGGUGGAGCAACAUAUUUUAUGCUUGAAAUUCAUUAUAACAACCCAAAUCUGAGAAAAGGUGUUGUGGACUCAUCAGGUGUAAGAAUAAUGUACUCUGAGAAACUGCGACAACAUGAUGCAGGAAUCCUUACCCUAGGACAUACUGUAUCUCCCACGCAUAUUAUUCCUCCCGGACAAAAGUGGACUACUGUAGCCCUUUGCACAGCUGACUGCACAGAUGAGACUCUACCAACAAAUGGGAUUAAUGUGUUCCAAGGCUUCUUACAUGCUCAUCUGCUGGGCUCGUCAAUCUCCAUCACACAAAUUCGGAAAGGAAGGGAAUUGCCAAAUGUCUUUAAAGAUAUGUCCUAUGAUUUCAAUUACCAGCAAGCUCGAGUACUGAAGGAAGAAAUGAAAGUCAUGCCUGGAGACUCUUUAAUAGUCAAGUGUGGCUACGACUCCACCAAGAGAAAAAUGCCAACAUUUGGUGGAUUCAGUACUGAAGACGAGAUGUGUCUGGCUUUCCUAACGUAUUACCCAAGAGUGAAUUUGUCGGGCUGUUACUCACGACCUGACAUGGCUCUCGUCUUUGAUACAUUCGGCAUUCAGGAUCUCUUUGAUAAUGAUAUGAAUAUAUUCAAUGACCAGAGUUUCAGUGAGGAAUUCAUCAACGAGGAGGUUGAAAACUCCUCCCUAACAAGAAUGAAGGACAGAGUGAACGAGCCUGUGGACAUCCACCUCGGAAACAUCUACCGUUACAUCAUUGCAAAAGCCCCUCAACGCUACUUCAACACAUCUUUUUACGAUAUCUUACAUGAUAAAGCUACCUGGCAGGACACACGCAUGAUCUCCACCUUGCAGGAAAUGAUUGUUUAUGGGCAACACGAACCUUCAUGUGAAAAUCAUGGCAGGAUUAUUAUAGAUAGGUUACCAAAGAAGGUCAAGUAUCCAAACUUCAUACCGCUUCAUAGAGACGAACAACAGUGUACUCUAGCAGAAAAAGACACUGAGGUGUAUAAGAUUGACACCAAUAUAGCAGUACCAUCAGUUCCAAACAAGAAUACAAAGAUUCAGGAGAACAAAGGACAAGCAAAUCCAACAGCAAGUCCUGUGAAACCCAUAGCAACUGUCCCAUGGCGUCCAUCAAAGGAGAAUGAAGUUGAAAAUGAUUCUCUCACACAGAGAGGAGGGGUUCCCUCUGUUUUCCCGAGUUCCUACCUUCUCGUCACCAUUGUCAUUUUACUUUUGUUAUAUGAAGCAUAGGGUAAAACCCAUAUUACUUUAUUUAACUUCUCUACUAUGUAGGUUGUAUAUUACUCCUUGUCAGAGUCCCUAUUUUGAAUGUGAUUAUGAAUGUGAAUGUCUUUUUUAGAAAGUAUUUAUGAGAGAGAGACUUAUUGAGUGGGUAUUUUAUGGAAUGACUUACGUCUCAAGGUGUUAACGGAUAGUUUGAGAUUUUAUGUGCACUUAUACAGUAUAUGUAUAUUUAGAUAUGCUUUUAAUGCCACAUUUUGGAUACUUAUAUUAGCAAUAUUGUGAUACUAGACUAGAUUUUUGCCAGGUGAGGUUUUUGGUGAGAUUUAUAUUAUGCACUGCACUUCACAUUUUCUCUUUAUAGGAAAUGUGAAGUGGCUAUGCAUAUAUGUAUAUACAUAUAUGUACUGCUCAGUUUAGUCAAAUAAAAUGUUUAUAAAAGAAAAAUUGUAGAAAAUAAUUUAUAAUAUAAAGAUUCUGUCAUCAAUAUUUUAUAUGUGACUGAAUUGUUUCUGACAAAUAUAGAUAAUUUUAUCUUAUUACAAUAUACUUAUUCUGUAUGUAUAUAUAGCAAAAUACCAAUAUGGUUUCGAAUGAUAUUUUAAUUUUUGCCUUAUAACCACAGCUAUAGGAUGGAAAUUUGAAUCCAAGUUUAAAUUCAAAUCUUUGUCUCAUUCUUUUUCAUUGAUCUGCCUUUAUACAGCUGAACCUGAUGCAAAAGCCCAUAUGUACCUUUCUCUACAAGUUCUACUUUUUUAUGGAUAAAAAAAAAAAAAGAAUCUGAA